GUUGUAGUUGCCAGCUACUCAUACCCCGGGCUUGACUGUCGUUUUCUGGUCGCGAGCCUGCACGUGUUCGGUGAUGCACUGAGGGUUUUGGACAAUUCUACCCCAGUUUUGUGCUUUACCGGACUGUUCCGUUUCCUUUGACAUGUACAAAAAGUUGUUGUUUGAGGUUCUGAACGCGUGUCCUGAUGAUUAGAAGAGGAGAAACGUGAUUAUUCGUGCUAUCUGUCCGGAGAGCUAGCGUUAGCUAAGCCGCAGAACAUGUUCAGGCGUGUUCUACUUCCCAUACACGCUUAGAGAGUAAAGAAACGACGACACCAACAUUAUUAGAAAACCGGACCGCUAUUUAAAUUAGAUUCGUUUGACAAUUUAAAUGGAUUACCAGUUCCCACAGCAGCUUUUUCCUUCGUUUUACAACUGCGCACCGCCGGACUCGGUCCUGAAACACUGCGCUGGAAACUGGGGCAGCUACGACAGAGUCAAACCUCAGGGCACCUCUGGUCCUCUCUCCAGCUGGACAUUCACAUCCAGGCAUCAGGUUAGAGGGGAGACGUGGCAUCACAUUGAGCCGGUACCGAUUCCCCUCCUGUCCCCUAAAAAGUCUUUCCUUUGGCCUUCUACGCCCCCAGAGCCACUGGACUUCACAAAACAUAUGGAGAACUUCUUCAUGGACCACCGCCUGGAUGCCUUUGGGUGCAUGAGUGAAAUUUUGAGUGAAAAUUUCAACUUUAAACAAGGACAGAGAGAGCGAUAUCGCAGGGAUUCAGUCCACAUGUGGAAGGUGAAAAACUUCCUUGACAUGAUGAAGUAUAAAAUAUGCGCGCAGUCCUAUUCCUCCAAGGCGCUGGACAUGUACAGCGCCCUGCUGUCAGACGUUGUGCCUUCCAUCCCUCCUGAGCUGUUGGGUUCUCUGCUGUAUGAGGAGCUGACGGAGCAGAGAGACUGCAUGCUGUUCUCUGAAGGAGCCACAGGGGGCGCUCUGGCUUUUGUCCCCUAUUCGCAGAGCGGCAGCGACUCUGAGCGUGGCUGUCUCCUCUACCCUGGAAACCGGGGACUGGACUGCCUCAACUUCCACAGAGUGGAGCUGCAGCACCACAAAGGAAGUUCUUCUUGUGUGGACAGCAGCAGCAGUGAUCCAUUCAGCUUUCAGCUGAAAGGCCCUAUCAGACAGAUCAGCUCCACCACCAUGUUAACCGACUGUUGUGUUGCAGUCCGUUCGGAUUACCUGUGUGGAGUUUGGCGGUUUAGUGAAAGAAAUGAACCUCGUCUGCUGCAAGUUGUCAACACCAGAGAGGUCGCAACCUGCAUCAACGUCAGUCCUCAUGUUUUAGGUGAAGUUCUAGUGGCAAGUGAAAGCGGAGCAGCAAACCUGUGGACUGUUGGCAGAGGGAUGCAGAAGAUUCGGGAGGAAGACGGCAACCUGUACUUUAACGCUAAGUCGUCAUGGCGAUGGUGCGAGUUCUCUGCCCACCCAAGAGUGAUGCUGUACGCGGAUAGGACGGGGGUGGAGCUCACAGACAUUAGGGUGAGUCCUGUCUCGAAUCACACUCUGUUUCGCAUCAGCAACACCCCAGAGUGUCGCAGUGGGGAGAGACUUAUUCUGUCCAGAUAUCUGGGAGACGUCCAUCCCUUCCAGCACCUCAUCACGACUCAGUUCUCAGCCUACAUCAUGGAUGAGCGUUUCCCCUGCAUGCCAAUGCUCAAAUGGGAUCACAUGAUGCAGUCUCCACCCAUGUUUUGUCAUGCUGUCCGUGGCUCAGAGGUUGGUGGGGCUAAGACCACUAAGGUCCUGCUGGGGUCCCACAGCUCUCAGGAAAUCACACUGCUGCAGUACUCGGGAGGCAGAGCGGAGGCCUGUUCCACUCAUGGUCCUCCUCGAGCAUUGCUCAGACCCAGAGACAGUCUGAAACACCUUCCUGUCCAGAUCCCUCAUCGCCUGGACAUCGCUACAAGCAGAUUGUCCUCACCUGCUGCAGGUCUGACUUGUAUUCAGAAGAGAGGCGGAAGUGAGGCCGGUGGUGAGGUGUGUAUCUGUGUCCUACAGCUGACGGAGGCGGGAGAUAUUUUCUAUCAGAUGCUGGAGCUUGAGCAGCCUGACACCUGUCGACCUCCAGCAGCAGAUGAUGUUCUGCUGGCACAACCUACUCUGAAAGAAGCGACAACUUCAGGGAGAGAACCAGACAAACAGCUUCAACCACAUUCUCAGAUGGUUAUAUCAGACACAUCAAGCGAUGAGGGUGUAAUUGGACCAACCCAGGGUCCAACUGUCCAGAGGUUUGUCGCUGAAACACCAGAGAGGGAACAACGAGUGCUGAACUCUUACUUUUCCUCUGACGAUUCAGACUCUGGAGGGAAAGGUCAAUACCUGAAGAAGCUUGGGCUGCAAGUCAUCGUCAACAAUGAUCCAGAGCUGGAUCAAUUAUGUGGAUUGGAAGGAGGUGUGAAAGAUGGAAAGGUGGGUAAAACUACAGCUGAUAAUACUGAGGAACCCAGCUGUUCGGUCCACAUUGGUCCCUCUGUGUGCCAGGCUCCAGUAAAGCUCAGUGACAGUGCUCUUAUCACGUGGAAACUAUGGCUCCAGAAAUUGAUGCGUAAGAGUCGUGAUAUGAAGCCCCGUCCACGCUGCCUACAGCACUUCACAGUCAAAACUGGAGGCCUCCUCCACCUGUCUCAAGACAAGAGAGGUGAGGCACAGAGAAAUUUGACAAAAGCGAAGCCUGUAAAGAACCUGAGGCGUGAUCUGAGAGCGUGCAUGUCCAAACGCUCGCUACUGGUUCACAGUGCUGUCUCUGCCUCCCUCGGGGCUCCAGAUGUGGUAAUGGUGCCAGACCCGGUGGAUACAGAAGUCUGGAGAGAUCAGAUCAGCCAACGUCUGACCCUCUCAUGGCAGGGGGAGGAGGCAUGGCGGGCGUGGUGGGAGGAUCAGCUGGGGCUGAACAGGGAGAAGAAGGUGGAGGCUCUGAGGAGGAAAAGGAGGCGAGAGAAGGAGGCGAAAAGAGCCACCGGCCGACGUCUGGAGCUGUCUGGGAGCUUCACCUCGUCUAUCAGCUACCAGUCAGAGCUGGGCGAUUUUUCUGAUUCAACGGGCUGGUCCUCCGCCACGAGCCAGGGGGCGUGGUCGGACACCGAAAGUAAGGUCUCCCAGUUGGAGGGCUCUUUGGAGUGCCGGACGCCAGGGGCCUCAGCAACCUCCACCGUGCAGACUGACACUCCAGCUUACACACUGACCACCACACCUCAAAGUGUUAAAGAUAAACAAGGGGACCAGCAGACUCCCAGCAGCUCCCACACCCCUGCCCUGUCUCAGACUCCAAAACCUGACUCCACACCGGCUAAUCAGAGGAGCAACAAACGUCCAGCUGAGGACUACCUCAGCGCUCUGUUUGCACCACAGGAUGAGCCCUUGCAGCAUGGCGGUUAUUUCCUGGAAGGGGGGAGCACCGUGCACCAACCACCUCCACCUAUGGUCUUGUCCUCCUCCCAGCUCCGCGGCUCCCAGUCUGUCCCUCGGCGGAGCCUCGGGAUGGAUCUGUCCCAGGACACCGCCGUCUGGUCGGGUUUCUCCCAGUCUCAGUCCCUCUCCCAGAGUUCACAGGGUCGGAUGGGGCUGUCGCAGGCGUCCCAGCCCAAGAAGAAGAAGUCUAGAAUGGGAUUUUGAUUCACUGGUUGAUCUGUCCAUCACACGAAGGGGGAGUAAAUCGUUUGGAAUACAUGUUUUCUACUAAUAACUCACCAAAUCAAAAACAAGGGGCUGGACCCACCGGCCUCAAAUUAUAAGGAAUGUUUUUUGGAUUUACGACGUCUUCAGCUGCCGAAGGAUUUGUAAAAAUGGAUUUAUAAUGGUAUGGUAUUAUUCAUAAAUGAACUAAACUGUAAAAUGGAUCGGCGAAGGAUAAACUGAACGGACGAUGGAAAAGGAUCCAUCACAUUGUUGAAGAUGUCUGCGGACUGGCUGAAGAAAACUGACUGCAACUAAUUUGGUAGGACUUGUGUGUGAGAGAGUGUGAGAGCGAG